GAAAAUUUCUAUGGAACACAAGUGGACCAUAUUCUUAUGUUGUUUCAGUUACUUUUAGCAAUAAAUCACGCUACGUAUCUUAUUUUCUCAGUCACUAUUUUUUUUUUUAAUCGUGGUUCUUCGAAGGAAUUGUCACUAGUUAUAAUGAAUUGAUAUUAAAGAUAAAUACUAAGAGAAGUUAAUUAUACCACCCGGUAUCCAUACAACGUGUUUUUUUUAGGCUUAUUUAUAGAUCAAACAUUGUACACGAAAAUAGGUGACGCAUUCUGCCGCCGUUGCCGAGUUCGUUGCUCAUGAAAUAUGGGUCAAAGUGAAGGAUUCAUAAAGAAAAUCGAAAUAAACCAAUUUUAAUUAUUUUGUAGAAUAUCUGAGGAAACAUCUAAGACAAAAAAAAAAAAUCGUUUUUUUAACUUUGACGAAAUUCGGUGUUGAAUCCGUAUAUCCACGAAAUUAGGUUACACCACAGUAUACUAAAUAAUUAUGUCAAUUCAGCAAGAUGAAUUUAUAAUACAAAUCCAAUCCGUAUAAAGUGACAAUGCGCAUGCUCAAUAAGGUGAAAGUGUGGUCUGAAUCUCUAUUGGGCUCAAAAUCAUUUGCUUUAAUUUAAUUGUGUAUAUAAUUUGCAUUAGUAGGCCUACUCUGCACAGAAGUCUUUAUUAGCAAAGAUCACAUUUUGGACAUGUCCUUUUGUAGAACUGGAGAGGAAGGUAAAGAUAAGAUUGUGUUUACCACAGAAGAAGAAUUACAUGAACCCAGUAAAGAUGUUUUGCGAUAUAUUGAUGUUCUGAUUCAAGGGUUAGAUUCCAAAGAAAGAGAACCAGAAGGAUUUGUCCAAAAGAAUGGUGAUUUAAACUGGGGCUGUUCUUGUUUGGGAAGUUUACCAACUGGUCCAUGUGGUCUUGACUUUCGUGAAUUCCAAACUUGUUUAAACAACAGUAAAGAGGAGGGUGUGGACUGUUUUGAGCCAUGGCAGGGGUUUAGUAAAUGUAUUAAAGAAAAUGCCGAAUUAUAUCUCAAACCGGACGACACUGAUGAUGCUGUAUCUGGUGAAACUACGUCUGAUAACUCUACGAACAAAAAUCUAACCUAGCUUUAACAUAUUAUAGUACCGCAGUGCUUUUAAUAGAAAUUUGUUUGUGAACACUUUUUUUUAACAAGAUCAACUAUGAUGGUGUCUAUUGAUGAUCAGUAUGAUGUAAAAAUACCGUAAUAAACUUUUGUAUCAUAA